AUGGAGAAUGUACCUUAUGCUAGAUUGGUUGGAAUUCUCAUGUAUGCACAGGUUUGUACCAGGCCAGAUAUAAGUUUUGCUGUCAAUAUGUUGUCUAGAUAUCAAUCAAAUGCUGGACAUGAACAUUGGGUUGCUGGAAAGAAAGUUUUGAGAUAUUUGAAAUCUACCAAAGAUCACAUGCUGGUAUACAAAAGGAUUGAAGAUCAAGAAUUGAAAGUAGAAUGUUAUACAAAUGCUUCAUACAAACAGGACUUGGAUGACUUGAAAUCAACAUCUGGAUAUAUUUUCAUGUUUGCUAGCGGAGCUAUCUCAUGGAAGACUAAUAAGCAAUCAUUAACUGCUACUUCAACCUUUCAAGCAGAAUACAUUGCAAUAUUUGAAGCUACUGCACAUGCUUUGUGGUUGAGAAAUUUUAUUUCAAGAAUGAAAGUGGUGGAUUCAAUUGAAAGGCCAUUGACCAUUUACUGUGACAAUGCAGCUGCUGUGUUCUUUUCAAAGAACAACAAAAGGACUUCUGGAUCUAGAAACAUUGAUGUUAAGUAUUUCUCUGUGAGAGAAAGUGUGAGAGACAAUGAAGUAGAGGUGACCAAAAUAGGUACAAAAGACCAACUUGCAGAUCCAUUGACCAAAGCAUUGCCAGUUUCUGUGUUCAUCAGACAUGUGGAAAAUAUGGGAGUUUUAGGCAGUAUUGAUGGUUAG